AUGGAAGCGUCAUGUGUUCCUGCAAGUGAUCCCGCUUAUAUAGAACGAAAGCGUAAUGAAUUAAAAGCAUUCUAUGCAAGUGCAAAUUUCCCGCAACACGAGUUAGAUAAAAUUAUUGAAAAUGAGCUUAAACCUCUUAUAGAUGGUGAAAUGAACAAAGAUAGGCCCUAUAUUGCUGCAUCUGCUCUUGGGCCUGUUAAAUCGGAAUAUGAAGUCAUGGCAGGACAACCAUUUACGAAAGUGGAAGACGAUACAGUGCCUCUAACCGCUGAGAAAACUAAAGAAAUUAUAAAAAACAAUCCUGUAAUUGCAGAAAAAGCAAAACAAAUACAGAUAGUAAUGAACUCACACAGUUAUAAUAAUGAUAUAGUAGUGCCAAUGAACCAAAUUAAGGUUUCAAAUUACACCGAUAUGAAAGCGGAACUUGAUUCGGCAGAAGGCAAUACUGACAAGAUAAAAAGAAUUAAAUACAGAAAUAUGCAAACAUUGAUGAAUGCUGCUGCUGGUUGUAAGAAAAAUAGUACAGCUGAAGACAAGCAAACUGUUGAAGAAGAAAUAGACAAUCAUGAAUCGAGCGAAGAUGAGGAAUUUGAAAGAAUAGAUACAGCUAUUACAAAAUAUACCAAUAAAUCUUAUGAAACUAGAUAUCAAGAAACAAAGGAAAUGUUGAAUCAGUUAGCAGAUACAUUUGAAGAUCCUGAUAACAUACAAAAUAUGCAAGAUAAACCUAGUAAGCUACCAAUGGAAGAACACCCAGCAUUGAAAGAAGCAUCAUCCUGUAUUAUUAAAGGGAGAAGACAAACCUCUGGUUUUGAUGAAAUUAUAGAAAGUUAUGCGAUUAAUAAAGUUUUAAAUAUAUCUUUGAAAGAAAACCGUAUCACUUUAGACCUUAGUGGAAACCUUAAAGAUGAUAAGGAUAAUAAUGAACAAGAUAAAGAUAUAGUUUUCCCCAAAAGUUUUGAAGUAAAACUGAAGGACACAGAAAACGCCUUAAAAGAAAUUGAUUUUAUUUUAACCAAUGAUUAUGAUGAAAUACAUCUUAAUGAAAGUAAUGUAUCAGAUGUAUUUGAAUCAGCAGAUGAGGAUGAGUUGCCUGUUGAAAAUAAAGACGUUAAAUUAAUUCAACAAAGUAAUAAAGCAAAAUUUGACGAAAAGAUGGAGACGUCGUUGCAAAAUACUUUGCACGCUAUAUCAGAAUUUGAAAAUAAUGCAAGCAAAGAAAAUAACGAACUUGAGUUUAAAGAAAUGAAAACUAUCGCUCAAAAUAUUGUUGAAGGAGCAGAAUGUUUAAAAACAUUUAUCAAAGAAGAUAUAACAAACAAAUUGAAUAGUAUGAACGAAUUACUGAACGAUGUAAAUACAGCAUUAGAAAACUCAAGGAAGUCUAAUAUUGCUUAUCUUAAAAUGAAGGAAGGAGGAGAGGUUAAAAAACGCGUAAAAGAAAUUGAAACGUGUCGAGUGGGAGAACUACAGGGCGAUGUGCACCGAAAUAUAAUAACUGAUGAUAAUGACAAAGGAAAUGUUACUCUCUUAGAAAUAGAUGGUAUACAUACUGCGAUAACAAAACUGAACGAUGAAAUAAAAUGUCAUGAGAACAGAAUUAAUAAGAGUAAAGAAAACUAUGAAAUGAGAAAUCAAGAGUGCCAAGAUUUUAUCAAAGAAGUCGAUGAUGUUUUGAACAAAUCCCAAAAAAUUCUUCAUCCUAAAGCACCAAAUAUAAGAAACAAUAUAUUGGAAAGUGAAUCGGAAGGUAGUGACACUAAGUCUGCGGAACCAUUGAAAGAAGGUGCUAUAAAGCGUAAAGAAUUAUGGGAUAUAGAUAUACUCUGCAAAGAUAAUACUAACAAGAAAUUAUCUGACUUUGAACAACAAGAAUGUGCAAGAAAAGAGAGAAUAGAUCAUCUAUUGUACGAAAUUAAGGAUAAAAUGAAGGAUAACAAAGAAGUGUUACGCUUGGCUAAUACUUUAUUAAAACGUGAAGAAAAUAAGAAAAAUAUAACACCGUCUAAAAUACACGAUUUACAUCCUGUUGAAACAGAUGACAAAGCGAAAGGUGAUUGUAUCGAAAACAACAAAUUGUCAUCGGCAUUGCAAAAUAAAGCUAAACAAGAAGAAAAUAAAAGGCAGAAUGAAGAGGCGGAGAAGAGGAGGCAGAGAGAGUUCCAGAUUAAAGUGGAAAAAGAAUUAGAAGAAAUGAACAGAGCACCGCGAAUGACGAAAGAGUUCAUAAAGAACCACUGCAAACAACACAAGUUGUACUCUACGCCUUAUCUGAAUGACAUUCUGUAUUUGCAUUUUAAAGGGUUUUCAAAAAUCGAGAAUUUAGAAGAAUACACAGGCCUGAAGUGCAUAUUCCUUGAAAACAAUGGAAUACAAAGAAUCGAAGGCUUAGACACUCUAUCGGAACUCAAAUGCCUGUACCUACAUUAUAACGUACUCAGAAAGAUUGAGAACCUACAUGGCUGCCCUAAGUUAGACACUUUGAAUAUAGACCAUAAUUUCGUAACAAAAAUUGAGAAUCUAGACGUUGUACCGGACCUGCAUACAUUAAGCAUGGGCCAUAAUAUGCUGACAAGCGUUGAUGAUUUGGUACAUUUGAGAUCAUGCAGAAAUCUAUCGGUCGUGGAUUUGUCCUACAAUCGCCUCGAAGAUCCUCUAAUCGUAGAUGUGUUGGCCGACAUGCCGAUUCUUAAAGUUCUCGUGCUGACCGGUAACCCUGUGGUGCGCAUCAUACCGGCGUACCGCAAGACGCUGACGCUGCGACUCAAAGAGCUGCUCAAUCUGGACAACCGGCCCGUGUUCCCUCGGGACCGCGCAUGCGCAGAGGCGUGGCAGCGGGGCGGCGUGCAGGAGGAGAUUGCCGAGAGGAAACGGUGGAUAGAGAGAGAGCAAGAGAAAGUCAUGCAGAGCGUGCGCUACCUCAUAAAGAUGAGAGAUGAUAAUCGCGCGAAAAGAGAAGCUCGUGAGCAAGAGGAAAGGGAGAAGUUGGGUCUUCCGCCUGUUGUUAAAAAGGACGAAGAAGAUAUAGAGAUUAGAGAAGCGGAAAAGAAGCAAGAGAUAACAGCAGAAUCAGACAGAGUUGAGACGAAACAAGGUGUUAUAGUCGACAUGCUGUCGGGAUCCGAGGCUGAUGACUCCACCAGUGGCAGCUCUAGUGACAGUGACAGCGAUGAAAAAGACGAUGGUCAAGAUGGAAAAACGACGAAAAUAGAGUGGUCCAAAGUAGACAGUGGCGAACGAAUGAUACAGGAGCUGAAGGAAGAUCAGCCGAAUGAAGAUCAGUGGACUGGAUUUAUGGCUGGGUCGUCUAAUUUUGGUGAUAACAAAGUUGUAUCAGAUUUGAAUGCAAUAAACAAUUUAUUGUUUAAUCAGGCUCCGCAUACCGACAAAAAGAAAAUGCCUCAGAUUCUGGAAGAGCGCAAAAAUAUACCACCAAGUGCUGAUGCAAUAAUGCCUGAAACUAUUUCUGAAUCUCUUACAUCAGGAGCUGCUAAACGGAAACCACUUAUUGAAAUAAUCAAGGAGUAUUCUAAAAAAUCGCCAAUGAAUAAUAUCGUUUCAGAAAAUAAAGAUAAUGAAAUUAAUAGAGGUAUGAUUGAAGAUGGAAAUUUAAUUAUUGAUGUUGAUAAGAAAGUAGCUUUUAAAAAGGAAACCAUUAAUAAAUUUGAAAGUAUAGAUAAAGAAAAGACUAAUGCAAUUGAACAUGAUCACAGUAAUAGGAAAUUAAAAUGUAUAUCUAUAAAAGAGGUUAAAGAACAGAAAGAUACCGAUGAUGAUAAUAAUAAAAAGACAGCAACAGGGGCAAAGUCCGAGAAGGGUACAGAUAUAACUAAAAAUGAUGCAAAAGAAGAUAUUAAACCAAUUACAAGCUCUCAAUCAACUAAGCAGACAGUUUACCCUUCAACAUCAGGUCAAGGCGACGGCGAUGGAGUAGCUCUUAUAAACUACAUGGAUCGCGUAAAAUCCAACAAAGUAUAUGAUGAAGGGGAUCCAGAUCUGCAGCCAAGUGCCGAAGAUUUAGAAAUCUUCAGCGAGCUAGAGAAGGAGGAGUUGGAGAAGGAAGCUAGGAUCGCUAGAGGAGAACCUGCUAUAGAUCCAAUGAAACUUUAUGAUGUUAAGACGAUGGAAGCAUUCCACAAGGCGCAAGAACCGGAGCAUGCGCAUGCGCUUACGAAAAAGAACUUUGUGACUACUUACAAAACGGAUAACGCGUUUGACCGAGCUGCUUUGAGCCAGCUUACAGCGGGAGAGAAACCUGAUGAGGAUAAAAUGAAACUGACUCAUGUACCGGGCGCAGUACUACUUCAAUACGUCGAUAAGCAAACUCCGACUGAAGUUAAUUACGAAAUUGGCAAAGAGGAGAUAGAGUCAGGAACAUCAUCUCCGGAUACGGAUUCCGUAAAUAUUUCGAGCGAUACUGACACGAGUAGCUCGGAAAGUGAGCAAUCAGCAGGAAAUACUAAAAGACGACCCACUACAGCUAAAUCUAACGGUCAAAAGGAUUGCACAGCAGGUGCUAUUAAAUCUAAUACAGAUGUCGGAAAUAAAAGGAGUACGGAUAGUAAUGAAAAUGAUAAUUCAGAAUGCGAUGAUGAUGAUGUAAAAGUUAACAAAGCGAGAGAGGAAUCAUUCUUUCAUCAUAGGAGAAGAAUUUCUAAUGUGUGUUGUUCGUCCAAGGACCUAAUGAGCAACGUGGAUCGUUCCGACGCCAAGAGAUGUAUUGUCGACACUAUUAAUUCAUACGGCGAUGAUCGUUUUCCAUCACAAGGUGUCAACUAUUCAAAUAUGGCUGAAAAUGCACGCGUAGAAGACUCUGUUGCCACAGAGAUAUUGAACAAAACGCUGAAGUAUGAGGAACAAGAGCUGUAUAGGCAGAUAGAUGUGGUGACGUCACACGCGAGUCGAGUCGACAACCAAACUAAUGCUAUUAUUGAGCAGAUUUCGGAUGAGCUUCAACAUGAAUGCUCGUUACCAGAAGUAUCUCGUAUACUAGAGGCACACGUGGAAGACGUUGAACACAGAUUAAGGGCGGAAAUGUACGAAAACUACGUCCCUUCUCCUGAUGACUCUUCUGACGAUGACUCGUCUGAUGACAAUGAAGCUACUUUGAUACCAAGCCAUGACAGUUCGGGACUUGAAGACACAUUUACAGAAGAUUAUGAUAUGCAAAGGGCGGUUGGUGCAGGUGCCAAUGAUUCUGGUUUUUGUAACGAAGACAAUCAUAACGCGAUAUCUGUAGACGAUGUUAAAAGUGAUAGAGGUAAAGAAUACAAAAAAAAAUUAAGGAAAGAUGAAUCUGGCGACAAAAAUAAAUCUAAUGACGGUAAUAACUUUUUAUGUCAUGUCGAAACGGGGGCAAGUUAUGAUGAAUCUGAUUACAAAAAUGCUAAAGGUGACGUUCAUGCUAAUAUUUCAGCGGAGGAUGAAAUCUUCGAAGAUUGUGUUGCUGACAUAGAUCCUACAAACGCUCGAAUAGAAAAGGAUGCAAAUGCAAAUCCCGUUGAAGAGAAAUACACUUUAGAGAUGAAAUUAGCUCUAGAAAUGAAGAUGUAAUUUUUAAUUUUUAAUUUUUAGGGAUGCAUUGAUCCCUUACAAAAUAUUGAUUAUUCAACAUUUUUUUUAUUAUUCUGCACUGAUAUUUAAUAGUAUUCACAAAUUCAAGUGUGGCUAUAGUGUUAGCGAUGCAGAACGGAAAGUUUGCAGGGGACCGACAGCGUUAAUUUAUUAGCAAUAACUCACAGUGCCUUGCGUGUUUGGAGUUUCCUCUUCGUUUGUUUUAGUAUUCUAAUCUCUAUAGUUUAAUCAUAGUUUCACCACAAAACCUAUGCCUUGAAGCCACCGCUACCCAAUUUUUAACUAUUGGGCAGCCAAUCAUUCAAUCAUCCAAUUAUCCAAUAGUUAGCAUUUAGAAUUUUGCUGUUGGUGCUACUAGGAAGCAUUGUAGCCAUUAGGAGUGAAUCUAUUUUUUUACGUCUAAUGAAAAUCCAUUGCAGUUGAGCAUGUUUACGGAAGCGAGGAGAGAAAUCAUCUGUCCUUGAA